GAGGUUCACAGGCUGGGUGGGGCAGUAAAGGUGUGUCUUCUUUUUAUUGACUCACUGUCGGUGGCGACUGACACUCAGAAUAAAGUCCUCCUGACAGCGCGAGUGGUCGAAGAGACGAGUACCUUCAGUUGAAACUUUUUUUUUUCUACGGCGACACUAAUCAAUCUCCUGUCACUAACCGGACGUCAAACUUUUCGCUGGAGUACAGUUUCCUCGCGCGGGGCACUUCAAAGGCCGCCAAAGGGUUUCCAAAAAUGGCGAAUGUUUUAAUUUUCAACAUAUUCCUGGUGUUGAUCCUGUCCGGUGUGGAGUCGUGUUACAUCCCGAGCACUCUGGACGUGUACGUGCCACACACCAUUUCGGCUGGGCAAUAUAUCACAACAGUGGAAUUUCCCGACUGCGACUCCAAGUCAAUACAGCUCACUGUAUACGAUCAAAGUUUGAGAAUAUACAGUAAUGGUACAGUCGAAGCUGCAGCUACUCUGUCAGUAGCCACAGCAGGGCGCAUAUUUUAUGUGUAUGUUGAAGACAACAGUGGCCAGCAAAGAAUGGUUGCAGUGCGCCUUUUAGACAGUACAAUGCAAGGAAAGAAGCAGACAGACCAAGUCUUUCUGAGGCGCUUCAAAAGGCGUUGGAGCCCACCUCCCUUCAACAUAUUGGAGAAUGAUGAUGGCCCUUAUCCUAAAGAGAUUGAAAAGAUUGUGUCAGACUCGGCAUCUGAUCAGCAAGUGUACUACACCUUCACUGGACCAGGUGUGGAUCUGCCUCCAGUGGGAGUGUUCUCUCUUAAUCCGAACACUGGGAUGUUGUCUGUGCACAAGAAAGUGGAUCGUGAGAUGUACCCAAAGUUUGUGAUAACGACCAGAGUUUUCAACAGAUUCACAAAUCAAGAGACAGACUUUCCUUUAGACAUCGAAAUACUCGUUGAUGAUGUGAAUGACAAUGCUCCAGAAUUCAAAGACCGUCUGGACUUCACUGUGCCAGAGAAAAGCAAAAUAGGUUCAAUUGUGGGGAUGGUGAAUGCUACGGACAGAGACCAAGAAAGAACCCUUCACGUCAAAAUCAAAUACACUCUCUUGACUGACUUAGACCAGUUUGCCAUCAACCCAGUGUCAGGCGUCAUCACCACAAAAACUAACACCCUGAACAGAGAGGUGAAGGACAAGUACAAAGUGAUAGUAAAGAUUCAAGAUAUGAACGGUGCAGACAAUGGUCUAUCCACCACAGGAACAGCAACAAUUUCUCUGACUGAUGUCAACGACAACCCACCAACUUUUACUAAAUCCUCCUAUCCAGCCAGUGUCACAGAGAAUGAAAGUGAAAAACUUAUCCUUCGAAUUCCCGUGGAAGAUAAGGAUUUAGUUAACACACCAAACUGGAUUUCAAAAUUCCUCAUCACUAAAGGAAACGAGAAGGGCAACUUCAGAAUUGACACCGACCCCAAAACAAAUGAAGGCCUUUUGUUUGUCACAAAGCCCUUGGAUUAUGAAAAGUCUCCAAAAGUUGAUCUUGAGAUUAUGGCACGUAAUGUACCUGACCUACAAGGCACCACGGCUACGUGGCAGAGCAUCCCUGUGAAUGUAGCGGUCAAAAAUGUCGAUGAGGGCCCAGAAUUCACAGCUCCUACAGUCCGCUACAAUGUCAAAGAGAACACACCAAACGGCACACUGAUAGGAACUUACACAGCAUUGGAUCCAGAGACCAAGAGCAGCAACGGCAUUAAGUACUUCAAAGGUGCAGAUCCCGCCUCCUGGAUCACUAUGAACAAAGAUAACGGGGAGCUGAGAGUUGCAAACACCAUUGACAGAGAAUCACACUUUGUUAAGAAUGGAGAAUACAGCAUCAUGGUCACAGCUGUUGAUGCUAGCAACAAGAAAGGCACAGGAAAAGUUAUCAUUGUGGUGGAAGAUGACAACGACAACAAGCCGACACUCCCCACUGGCGAGCUGGUGUUGUGUGAGAAGGAGGGAGAGAUGGGCUCCGUGCUGGUUACGGCUGAAGACAAAGACCAGCCCCCCUUUUCUUCCCCCUUCACCUUUAGUUUGCCACAAAAUAGUGACGGCAAAUGGCAUUUGACACGAUAUAAUGACACAGCAGCUACUUUGAAGCACCUGAAAGACCUUCCUACAGGGAUACACAAUGUUCCUGUGGAGGUUAAAGAUCUGCAGGGCUUUGGCGAAACACAGAUAGCCAAAGUAAGGAUUUGUCAGUGCAAGAAUGGCGUCUGCUUGGCCAAGCAGAGCUCUGUGUCAUUUGGGCCACUGGCUAUACUGACUCUGCUGUUGCCGCUGGCCCUCCUCCUUCUGCUCUGCCUACUCCUCGCCUUCUUCUGUGCGACAAAGAGAGAGAAGAUGGAGCUUGAGGAUGUGGGAGAUAGCGGAGGAAUCCUGCUUAAAUCAAACACUGAGGCCCCAGGGGAGGAAGUGGAUGCAAGUCUCAUUAAUGUUCCAACCUUUGUUAACGAUGCUGCAGUGAAGGGCUCAGUCAAGGGGCUGAAUGCAGGAUGGCAGGGGACCACUAGCAACAGCAACAUGGGAGGCAUGAGCACACAAGACAUUGGGAUGUAUACGUCCGGUGUCAAAACAAACGAGUUUUAUUCUGGCCAGUAUGAUAGCCAGUAUGGCUCACAGCACAACGGGGGUCAGUUGCUUGGUAGUGGUGUGGGCUUUGACAACAGGUUCGUCGCCCAGGACUCAUCUCUUCUUCAAACCUGGCAAACAAAUGGACGCUACCUUCAACAGAAACUGCCCUAUCUGGGAAGGGAGGACGACGGACGGUACGCUGAAGACAUCAUACACUCCUACGGGUACGAGGGGGCAGGCUCUCAGGCCGGUUCUGUGGGAUGCUGCAGUGACUACGGAGACAAUGAUAACCUUGACUUCAUAAACACUCUCGGACCAAAGUUCAAAAGUCUGGCAGAAGUCUGCAAUAAGACAUGAACAAUGAAGCCCAGAAAUAAGGGUGUUUAUUUUCUACAGGACAGGAUGUAGAGAGGCCUGGGAUCUGAAUGCUUGGUUUGCCCCUGAAAAGAACAAGCAGGUGGCGUCAAUGUGUGCGCACUGCUCUGCUAUUGCUUAUUGUUGUACGCCCCCCCCCCCAACCCCGCUUUUUUGGUAAAAGUCUUUUGCACUGAAAACUAUGCAUAUGCAGUGAGUUGUACAUAGUUUGUGUUGUGUAUGAUGUAUUGCUUGCCUUUAGAGUUGUUGUUUUUUAACCCUCCAUACAUCAGCUGUACCUGCUUAUCCUUUCAGAGGGUUGCAGAGGCUGGUUUUUCGUGAUGGUAGUUGUUCUAUAAGUGAAGUGGAGGGUGUGUGAUUGAUAAGUAUGGGUAAUUUGAUGGUAUUGUUGAUAGUCUUUUCUCACCAUAAAUAUUUGUUUGAGUAAUUUUUCAAGGUUAGCUAAAUUUUAAUUUUUGUAUAUAUUUUUUAAAGAAAGAAAAAUAAAUAACAUUAAAAAAAAAAGACAAAAAUACUUUUUUCAGUACACGUUUCACAUCCAAAGUGGUUAAUUUCAAAUGAAAUGCUUGUUGACUGUCUUCUCCUGGUUUUCCAAAUCACACAGUAAUUAUCUGUGCAAACACAUUCCAGAGCAACUCUCGAGCGCGUUGGGCGUAGCUUUAGCUCGCAGGUUGUUGCACCAUACAGACAGUAAUCCUGUCAAAGUCAGCACAAGGGCGUGAAAGGGAGGAGUGAGGUGAUACUGGCACAGCCUAUAACUGUCUGAAUACAAUAAUGACCCACAAACAAGAAAUUGACUUGAUUAUGAAAUGUCCUUGAGUAAGCUAAUUAAAGGGAAUCAGACGCUCCCAUUCACGUGCAAUUUCUAAGUUAAGUAAUCUUAAGGAGAUCUUUCUUUUACAGGAUAAAGCAUUUCCAAGUAAAUCCGUAGCCUAAGCAUAUGCACAAGGUUUAGCUGAUAGCUGACAUUUCAUGUUACAGUAUCAUUUUAUAUAAACAUUAACAGGUAAAAAUGAAAAAACAAAGCUUCCUUGUACUAUACAAAAAGGUAGCAGGAGACACUGGAGAAGACACAGUUGUUCAUUGUGCCCGGUCUGUGAGUACUCUGGUGAAUGAUUUACUGGGUGUGGCACUUAGAUUACAUAAUAUGAAGGGCACAAUGUUCCACCUAUUAGCAAAUGUUUACCUCUGCUGCAGAGCAAGUUGGUGCACUUCUAGGCAGAGUGUCAUUGGGCCCUUCCUGCAAUUAUCCAGUUUUAUCAGUGCCAGUAGUGCUAAAGCUGACCCAAAUUCGAGCUUCAUUAUAACUCUGCUGUAUUUUGUUAACAGUCAUUUCUUAGCUGUCGUCUUUAAAACGGCUUUUCCAGUAUAGGAGGAAGUUCAUUGUAGUGUCCAAUCAUCGUCACUGGAUGAAUUAUUGAUGAUUUUUUUCUUUUUUUUUUAAACCUGGAAUUCUGUAGAUAACAAGCUAAGUUACUUUAUGCAUAUACCUCCAUGAAUAAAUAAUGCUGUGUAACAAAUGUAUGGAAAUACAAAUUGAAAUCCCCAAUGA